AUGACGAGAAGGAAGGACUCCCUCCCGGACCUGUCGGGCAAGACAUAUAUCGUCACCGGCGCCACGUCAGGCAUGGGGUUCACCACAGCCGCCCGCCUCGCCCAGCACGGCGCCCACGUCUACCUCUGCGCCCGGUCCCAAGCCAAGGGCGACGCCUCCGCGGCCAAGAUCAAGACACAAUACCCUGGCGCCAAGCUCAGCAUCCUGACCAUGGACCACGCGGACCUGGCCACCAUCGUCGCCGCCGCCAGGCACUUCCUCAGCCAAGAGGCCAAGCUCCACGGCCUCGUCAACAACGCGGGCAUCAUGGCCACACCCUACGCCAUCACGAAGGACGGGUACGAGGAGCAGUGGCAGACAAACUACCUCGCCCACUGGGUCUUUACGCGGCAUCUACUGCCCGUCCUAAAAAGCACCGCGGCCGCGGAGAGGCAGACCCCCGGUGCCGUCCGCAUCGUCAACCUGACAUCUGUGGGCCACUUCAACGCCCCCACGGGGGGCAUCAACUUUGAAGACACGUCGCUCGGCAAGGCCAGCGCGGGUCUGGCACGCUACGGGCAGAGCAAGCUGGCAAACGUGCUGCACGCCAAGGUCCUGCACGAGCAGCAGUGCGGGCAAGAGAUCUGGGUGUCCGCCGUGCACCCGGGCCUGGUCAAGACCAACCUCGGCGAGCGGGCGACCAGUUUUCCCGCCCCCUUGGUGCUGCUGGUCAAGUGUUACAGCGCGCUUGGGGGCGCGAGAGAUGCCGACUCGGGCUCGUUCACGAGCCUGUUCUGCAUCGCAGGCUCGCAGUUCAGGCGCGAGCAGUCUGGCACGUAUUUCCAGCCUGUCGCGGUGGCUGGCAACGAGAGCGCUUAUGCCAAGGACAUGGAGCUCGCGCGGAAGCUGGAGGCGUGGACGGAGAAGGAGAUGCGCAAGGGCGGGUGGGUGGCGUGA